AUGUCCGCAAUAAUUAGCAAGCGCAAGCGCAAGCGCGCAAAGAAAGCAUGCACACCUUGCCACCAGCGCAAGCGAAAAUGCGACGGGGAGUACCCUUGCAGCACGUGUACCACCUAUGAAUACAACUGCAAUUACGCCGACGAUGAUACCACCAACACUGCGGGCGAAAUCGAGCAUGCUUCACUCCAGGCCAAGCGCACCAUUAAUGAUGGCGGGAAUACUAUGGCGAGCGGUGUCACCCCGGAAUCGCGCACCCCGGAUAGCCAAUUAGCGAGAGCUACCGGAGCUGACAGUACAUCGUCCAAGAGUCCUGCCGUCGGGGCUGGCAUCUUUGACGACCAGAAGUCCAGAUACACCGGGGUAUCGGCAGCCAUGGCCUUCCCGCACAUCCUGGGUGUGGCUCUUGGCUCCGAUAGCCCUCCCAAGAUCAGCUCGUUCGCGUACAACUUUGGGAUCCGCCCCGAGGAGGCUUCCAACGCGCAUAGCUUCUUAGGGGAACUGAUUUCGGAGGACAACCUAGCCUUAUACUCAAAUUCGUACUUCUCUGCGAUGGGCCCCAUUGGCGACUUUUUGGACCCAAGAAUUUACGCCCAGCGAUGUCGCGAUUAUUAUCAUGGCUCUGGCAGCAACUCGGUCGCGUUUAGUGCCGUAGCCGCUGGCGUUGCUGCUUUUGGAUCUUUCCUCUCCGCAACUCGAUACCCGCAGGAAUCUGAUCUGCUCCAGUUCGCUAAAACGAUUCUCGAUGAUCCUGCAUCCAUACGCAUGCUAAGCAUCGACCAUAUCAUCGCGUGGGGAAUGCGGGUAUUUUAUCUGCGGGCUACAACUCGCCCUAGUAAUACCUGGGUCGCGUCGUGUACACUUAUGCAUCUUUGCCAGGUGGUAGGGCUACACAAAGAAGAUAAUAUCAAAAGAAUGGCCUCUGCUGCCGGCGCUGCUGUUGUUGGGCACGAUGCGGACCGGUUGAGGCGAAUUUUCUGGAUUUCAUGGGCCGGGCAUCAAAUGCUAUCGUAUGAGUACGAUCGUUCGGCAGUAACCUUUGGGGCUGUGACUUGUCAGUCUAUCAUCCCGAUACUGGGGUCCGUUGCCGAUCAGUUCGUGCAAAUAGUUCAGAUCAUUCCUUCGCCUAACUCGCCCUUCCAUCUCGAAAGUCAGCCUCUACCCCCGAGAGAGGAGCUAUUUCAGCGUCUUACCGCGUUGAGUAGACUUGAUUUUACUCAUCCGUUCCUAGUAGUGACGAAGGCGGACCUUGCGUUUUGUUUCUACCGGCGCAUUUAUCAGCUCAAGGCAGGCAUAACGGACGAGGAAAUUCAACUCAUCAUUGAUAGCGGCAACGAAGCAGUAAAAGCAGCUGAGGGGCUAGCCAACCAGGGCCGUCUAUUGUGGAACGUCAUAGGCAGCGUCUUCCAAUUUGCCUGUGUCUUAUUAGCCAUCGACACGCCGGCCUCUUCUGCUCACAUCCCGGCUGCCUUCAAAGGGCUGGAAAACCUUGCUAAGGCAACGGACACUGUAUUGACUCGCCAGGCGUUGUCAAUGGCGCGUCAUCUUCUCAGCCUCAAUAUAAAAAAGAAACGACAGGAGCUUAUGCAGCUAGAGGCCGUCGAGUCGAGCUGUGAACCGUUCCAGGCGCAGCCAGAACCCGAAACUAAUGCCGCUUUUCCGGACAUUAGCUGGAUUAUGGACUGGGAUCAGGCUCUCAUUGAGCCAUACCUAUCCGUAUUCAGUCCCGACAUGGACAUCAAUCAAUUUAUAGUAUCCUAG